AAAAGUUGGAACAUAAAUUAUCAAAACAUUAGCCUGAAGGAGAGGAGUGGGAGAGAUUAUUGGGCCAAGAAUUACGCAAAUAUACGAGUACCACUGGAUUCCCUGGCCCCUCCAGCAACGCUGUUCGAUCUCUACUGUGUAAUUGUCCGGAUGCGAAACCCCACACAGUCCAAGGCAAGCAAAGAGAAACAACAAACAAAGUUUCUUGAAUUGUGAGAGACACACCAUUACCCCUUUCAAUUAUCAAUCAAAGCACCCAACUUUCAAUCCGGGAGGGAGCUACCUAGCUAAUCAUCAUGCCAUCAGGUGCUAAGAAGCGGAAAGCUGCCAAGAAAAAGAAGGAAUCGGAAGUCAAGGGGGCCUCCCAACAACCCAACUCUACAUCUCUCCCUGUUCCUCUCACUCAUGAUCCUGUGUUGAUUGGUCUUGAUGAAUCAAACUAUGGCAGGGGAAGAGGAUUUGAAGCAUCAUGAUGACAAAGACAGUGAUGGAAGAGGGGAGCUUUGUUCCCCUGCGUCUCAGGAUAACCGAAGCCAAGACCAGUUCGUGGAGGGAGACGAGGAAGAGGGGGAUAAGCGAGAGGAGAGCUUGCUUGAUCGGUCGAGUGGGGUGACGAGUGAAGGCGAGCAAAUGGAGAAGAAAGUGGUUGUGGAAGAGGAAAGUGUUAUUCAUGUUGAAAGGGAAUUGAAGGCUUUGGAUGAACCCCGGGACAAGGAUAUAAAUGUUGAGUGCAUCGAAUCCUCAAGGGGAUCCCAUGAAGGAGGCUCGUCAAAGAGCUCAUCUAGCAGCAGCAGCAGUUCAGAUGAUGAAUCUGAUGCUGCCGUCAAAAACAAGAUCACGGUUGCUAAUUAUCCUACUGGUGUGGUGAACGAACUUGAUUCUCUAUCAGCUGCUAAAGUUACAGAUAGCAUUCUUGAAACUGGAACUUGUAAUUCAGAUGUGGGAGCAGUGACGUCUAUUGAGUUGGACAAGACUGCAAUAUCUGAAGAGAUGAUACAAGUUGAAGAUAAUGCUAUGACCUCAUAUGCAAUUCAAUCAGAUCUGAUGAAAAAUGAGAAGAAAAAGUUGGGUUUAGAUGAUGAGAGUGCUUCUAUCUCAGAAGUUCGAGUGGGCGUGGGAUCACAGACAAACGACAAUAAAGCUGUUCAAACAUCACAUGAUACUGCAGCUGAAACAUUGUAUGGGAAGGGCUCUGCAACUCAAGAAAAUGGAGUUAAACCAACACCCGUAUAUGAUACUCCCAAAGUUGAUGUUAGUACUGGUGCUGAUCCUAUCAAAGAUUCUGAAAUUCCCGAGUGCUCUGAUAUCCAGCCUCCAGUGGGUUCAGUUUUACAACCAGUGCAAACAACAUCUUUCAAGGGUUGUUGUGGACUGUUUGAGCUGUUCACGGGAUCCAGUAGAUAAGUUCAGGAGAGUGUUAAACGUGCUUACAUGAUCAGCGAUGCUUGCUGGACUUGGGUAAAUCGAAGAACUCCUCGAUAGUACUUUCCCUUCUACAGAAGUUUCCUUCUCAAAGAAUAACUAGCGAUUAGCGAAAGAGGUGAUUACACAAACUCAAACCUUAAAGCGGUCUAAGAGUCUUAUAUUUUGAAAAAGCAGCUUGGAACUACUUGCUUCCGUGUUGCUUUCUCGUCAUCUUGUAGCAGUUAGCCCUAGUUUUCCUGCCCGUUUUCUACAUUUCAUUAGCGUGAUGUGCCUUCUUAGAGUCGUUUGUCUGUGCCAGGAAGCUUGAACCGCAUAUUUGUUUUUAGUUCUUGUUUCAUAAUCAGUUUUACUAGCGAGCAUUAUAUA